AUGAUUUCAACAUUUAGACCUGAUUCUAAUUUUUGUACAAUAUGUCAAGAGAGUUUAAGUGAUAUAUCGGGUAAAAAUCCUCUUUUAAGAUUAUCUUGUGAUCAUGAAUAUCAUAAAAAAUGUAUGGAUAAUUUACGCGAUUCACAUGGACAAUAUUUGUGUACCUUAUGCAGAAAAGUUGAUACCGAACGUCAGAGUUGUUUUGGUUGUGGACGAAAAUUAAAUGAAGAGCCUAUUGAACAAUUAUGUUGUGAUCAUGCAUUUCAUAAAAAAUGUUUACGUGAUCAUUGGUAUGGAACGUUUAAUAGAAAAUGCUUGUUACCAAAUUGUCAGGCUGUUAGAUCACGUUCACCAUCUCCACAAGCACUUCUCCAAGCAGCAGUGCAAAGUGGAGCAAGCGUAUCAGUACAUCAACAUGAUCAACGUAUACCGUCAACUCAAUCAGAAUUAUCAGAAUUAUCAAUUUUAUCAGAUGCUGAGUUGCCACCGAGUGAUGUAGAAGAUGAAGAUGAAAAUAUUAAACAAAUGAUAAAAGAUUUACCUAAAAAGCUACAAAUGUAA